CUGAAGGGGGGGCUGCGCGCGCCACCAUACUCGCGCCAACGCGCCUGACGAGCAGGCGCACCCCCGAGAGUCGAGCGGGAAGGGCGGGCGCGAGCCCGUCGAGACUGCCGUCCCCUCCCCUCCCCCUUCCUCAGCAAUAUAACACACACCCCCCUCCUCCUCAAACCUCACUCUGAGCUCAGAUACAGUGAGGAAAAAAAAAGGAGGAACGAAAAUCCUGACGGAGCUCCGCAACUGAAUCCGACCGGAGAAGUUUCUGGAAGCCGGGUGGAUCGGACAGACCGGGCUCCCGUAGGGGCUGGGGCGGGGGGAGGAGGAGGAAGAGGAAGAAGAAGAGGGGGGCGAGCCGCCGACCGUUGAGAUGGGGCUGAUGGCGGGCGGUUGGCGGCGCCUGUUCCGCUAUCUGAACCACCCCGACCAAGUGGCCCGCUUCCAGCAGCUGUGCGGCGUGCAGCCCGUCCCCACCGCGCCCCCGCCGCCUCAGGCUAACGGCGACUGCCGGCCUCCCGCCGGCAACCAAAGCGGCGCCACGCACCGCCGCGGCGGCGGGGAGCAGCCGCCCUCCCCUCACCUGGACUGCGGCAAGAGGAACGGCGUCGCCUGCCCGCCCCGGGAGAGCAAAGUGAAGCAGCAGCAGCAGCAGGAGGAGGAGGUGGUGGCGGGGGCGGCCGCCGAUCCGGCCACCGGCAAGAAACAACCCAGGCGGAGGAACUCCCUGAACGAGGAGGCGGGGGGCACCGAGUUCAUCAUCCGCAACCGGCUGCUCUAUUACCUGUUCAGCUUCGGCACGGAGCUGGGCAACGAGCUCUUCUACAUCACCUUCUUCCCCUUCUGGCUGUGGAACAUCGACCCAUACGUGGGCCGCCGGCUGAUCGUGAUCUGGGUGUGGGUCAUGUACCUGGGCCAAUGCACCAAGGACAUCAUCCGCUGGCCCAGGCCCCGUUCCCCUCCCGUGGUCAAGGUGGAGGUCUUCUACGACUCUGAGUACGGGAUGCCGUCCACACACGCCAUGUCGGGCACUGCCAUCCCCUUCUCGCUCUUCUUCCUCACCGUCGGCCGGUGGCAGUAUCCAUAUGCAUUUGGACUACUCCUGGCUUCAAGCUGGUGUAUCCUUGUUUGCCUCAGCCGACUGUACAUGGGGAUGCAUUCUAUUCUGGAUGUCAUUGCUGGUGUGCUUUAUAGCAUCUUGAUCCUGAUCAUCUUCCACCCAGCUUUGGACAUAAUUGACAACUUCAACUUGACCUACAAGUAUGCUCCUUUAUUCAUCAUCAGCCUUCACUUAGGAAUGGGACUCUUUUCAUUUACCCUCGACACGUGGAGCACAUCCCGUGGUGACACUGCUGAAAUUCUAGGCACUGGCGCAGGUAUCGCUUGUGCCUCUCAUUUCAAUCACAUGUUUGGCAUAUUACCAGACCCUCCUCUUGAUGCUCUGCCGUUUUCUCCCCCAGUAAUCUCAGUUAACCUUAUUGCAAGAGCAUUUUUACGUUUUGUCAUUGGCGUAAUUGUUCUGUUACUAACCAGAGCAGUGCUAAAAGCAUGCACUAUCCCGCUGGCCUGCAAGAUAUUCCGUAUUCCAUGCACUGACAUCCGCCAGGCACGUAAGAGAAUGGAGGUGGAACUUCCCUAUCGUUACAUGACAUAUGGAAUGGUAGGAUUUGUGGCACUCUUUCUGGUUCCCUCCUUAUUUAAUUACCUGAAUCUCUCUUGAUGGGAGGAAAGGGUCCUUUUGACAGAGCCAUUAAUUGCAAGCUGGAAUGCUAGAUUUUAGACGGCAAGUUCCAGAUCGGUUGCUUGUUCUGCCUGAACCCUUAAGCAGACCUCUGUUUGGCCACAUUCACUUUCAGGCAACUAACUGCAGGUGUAAGUUAAGAUAUGAUCACUUUUGAAGAAGUUGGUGGUUUUUUCCUAUAUCCAUGUGGAAGAUUUGAGACUCUUCUGAAGUCCACACAAGGAGCUGAAGACCAUAAAAGGAGAAGGAAAUCUAAAUGGUUAUGAAAAUGCUUAUGAAUAAAGAUCCUGCAAAAGCUUAUUUAAAUCUGUGCAGAAUGAGUACAAGUAUAAUAAAUGACUGAAGUUUCAGGUAUCUAACAAUUUAUUCAAUUGUGCCUUUUUAGUUUUAUUGAAUGAGAAUUGCUGCAGUUUCACCAAUGGUUAUCAUUAAUUUUAAUUGCCUCAGAUGAUGAGUUGUGCAACGUUUUGACAUUCCAUUGCUGUUUUAGUCUGUAAUUUAAGUUUGGGUCACGGUCCUAAUUUGCAACUGAAAGAUACCUUCUAAGUGCUGCAAUUUAAGAAUUUUUUUUUAAUCAGAGCACUGAUUUUUUUUUUUUAAACUUUCUCUUUCCUAAUUUUAGUUAGUCACAUUGUUUUAAAUGGGGUGUUUGUGCACAAAAACACUCAUUUGAAAUCCUUGACACUCUGUUUAUUGUUUAGAUUUUCAACCUGAGGUGAUAUAGUUAAAUCUGAUUACUUAUGCCCCACAUUUUAGACACCACAUAGGAUUGGACACCUGAUCAAAUGAAGUACUGACAACUAAAAGUUUUAUUUCCCCAGUUGAAAGUUGAAUCUCGUUCACUUCAACUGUCUCUGAAGACACAAACCAAUGUAACAUUACAAAUUUCUUGCAACCAUGAAAGGAUUGUCCAUGUGCUAAGUCUCUUCUGUGUUCUGAACUCUGUCAAAAGAGAAGGUACUGCAAUCUGUUAAAUGCUUCCAAGAUGUUGGAAAAUUGCAUCUUUUGCGGUGAAUUAAUGAUAAAGCAAUAGCUUGAUAAAUGUAGGUCUUGCAGACUGGUGGGAGACAUUUCGGUAUUAAGGGAGAAGCUCCAAAUUUGAGAUUAGACAUAACUGCAUAGGUUCCUACAUUGAUAAGAAAGUGAGGUCUGCAGAUGCUGGAGAUCAGAGCUGGAAAUGUGUUGCUGGAAAAGCGCAGCAGGUCAGGCA